AUGAGGAUUUGUGGUUCUUAUCUUCAGUGGCUUCUGUUCCUUUUGAUUAUUCUUCAAUAUUCAAAUGGCUGCUUUGAGAAUGAGAGAAAAGCUCUUCUAAGCUUCAAACACAGCAUUACUUUUGACCCAUUCGGCCCUCUUUCCUCAUGGGGAGGCAGUCGAGAUGAUGAUGACUGCUGCAAAUGGAAAGGAGUUGGUUGUGAUAACACAACUACUGCCCAUGUUGUUGCUCUUCAUUUGGGGGAUGGCGGCUUAAGUGGUAGCGACAAGGACAUCAAAUUCUUGAGGCAUCUUGACAAGUUGAAAAUUCUCGAUUUAUCAUUUAACUCUUUCUCUUUCAACUUUUCAGAACUCAUUUUAGGUUCGGAGAAAUUGAUAGAGAUUUUGAGAUUGAGUGAUAACAAAAUUGUGGGAUCACUAGAUGAAAUCAAAGAGUUUAAUUCCCUAAGAAAAUUAAACUUGGGGAAUAAUCAACUUUCCGGUUCACUGCCGGACAUGUCAACAAUGUUGUCCUUAGAAGUUUUUGCAAUCGGCAAGAAUCAGUUCCAUGGAAACUUAAUGGGAAGUAACAUUGGCCACCUCUCUAAUCUCAAAUGUCUGGAUGUUUCUACAAAUUCAUUGGUGGAGCCAUAUCUGAAAUCAGCUUCUCUAAUUUUAGCAAAUUGGAUGUGCUCAUCAUCUGUCUGA